GUUUGUUUGUUUGUUUUUUUUUGCCUUGUAGUUACGCGAGUAUUACGUUCCAUCAUUAAAUCCAGAGUAAGUACAUUUUGAUAUGCAUUCCAUCAGCGCUUGAGUGUUAGAAUUUUUGAACAGUGAAAACAAUAGGAUGAGUAAUUCUACAGAAAAUAUCGUCAUAACAGGAUGCAGUGAAGGAGGAAUAGGAAACGCUUUGGCUAUAGAGUUCCAUAAACAGGGUUAUAAAGUUUUUGCUACUUCACGCAGACUAGAGUCGAUGAGCAAUCUGAUUGAUAUGGGUAUUCAGAUCGUACAGAUGGAUGUCACAGAUGAUACUUCAGUUUCUGAAGCAGAAAAAGUGAUUCGAAAUGAAACGGGAGGAAAGUUACACUACCUGAUCAAUAAUGCUGGGCAGCCCUUAGCAAGUCCAGCCAUUGAUCUGGAAAUUCCUAUAGUACAUAAUCUAAUGGAGGUCAAUCUAUAUGGUGUUAUGCGAACAAACACGGUUUUUCAAAAACAAUUGAUUCGUGCCAAGGGAACCAUUGUGCACACGAAUUCAAUAGCAUCAUAUGUACCAUUGGUCUUUCAGGCUGCUUAUAAUGCGUCCAAGGCAGCCUUGCUAGCAUAUGCCAAUACACUACGCGUAGAACUGGCUCCUUUUGGAGUGCAAGUGACAAGCAUUAUGACGGGAUUGAUUUCGACGAGCGUCUUUAAAAAACCAAACUCAAAAUUGAACGAAGAGAGCAUCUCAGUAAACUCCAUUUAUUAUCCAUACAGAACGGAUCUUUUGUCUGCUCCGAGUUUUGGGGACAAGGCUACCAUGUCUGCUCAACAAUAUGCGGAAGAGGUGUUUCAGAAGUUGACGGCUAGAGGGCGUUGGUAUCAAUCCUUCAGAAAAGGAGUCCGUCCUGCUCAACUUUGGGCAGGACAGCAUAGUCAAUUAAUUCGUAUGGCUUCUUUCUUCCCUAUUGAAGGAUUUACUUUGCCAGUUCGUUUUAUGGCAAAAUUACCUGCUAAUGCCACUAUAGACAACGAUAACGACAUCGAUUAAACGAACGGUGGGAUCAGAACAUCCAUACUAUGCCGCUUUUACAUUUUUCUGGAGGAUGGCUUUAGCUUACCAAUAUAAAUGGAACAAAUAGAAAGUAAAAUGUGGAUUAAUAUUUCUUCUUACUGCGCAAUAGGAUACUGACUUUUUUGACGAAAUGGUUGUAAAUACCUGGCGUUUACGAUUUAUAUUUAUAAAUCUUUUUUAUUUUACCUUGAAAGCCACUUUUUUAUGGAAAAUUUCAUUUUCUGUUCUGCUCCCAAUGUUUACAGUUUCUCGGCAAGAGACUGCAAGCUGUAUUAUCUGCUCUGAUUCUAUAUGUCAUACCUUUUUCUCCACAUGUCUCAGGAAAAGCGGACACAUUAUAGUUGGAAUCGACAAGUUUUAUUUCCCCACAAAAAAAUCAACUUUAUUUAUGAUGCGAAAGAAAGAGAGUAUGGGUUUAUGCGAUUACAGAUGAAAUCUCAAUAGCUUUUUCUCUAGGUCUAGGUCUUUUGAAUCUAUUCGUAGGAGUUUUACUUUAAAAGGAGGUCUUCCAUCCAUAAUAUUUCAUCUCGCCCACGCCAGCAUAGUCAGUCAGUUCUUAGGAUUUUCUGGACUUUCCAAGUUACAAUCAAAUAGAUCCUGUUUUAUUACACCUUGUUAUAUUUGUUGUAUUAGAUUAUAUAUUAUUUCUCU